AACAUUGUUCUAUUGAGACGAAUUGGUUCCUCGUCCAUUUCAGAAAUUAACAGAAAUGGUGAAAGCAAGGCACUCUCGGCUUCAAAAAUCGUGGAUAACGAGGUGGUCGUGGGUGCUUGUUCUAGCAGUGCUGACGAUGUGCAUGUCUCUCCUAAUUCUCCUUCUCCUCGCUCUCCACCUUCUCUCAAUGCCCAACACCAACACUUCCUUUGCUCCAUUCAAACAUAACCAUCUCAAUUCCAUUGCUCGCAACGCUUCCUACAUAAGCGAAGGAGAAGAUGAACAGACAGAGCGAUGGGUUGAAAUACUAUCAUGGGAGCCUAGGGCUUUUCUCUAUCACAAUUUUCUGACGAAGGAGGAAUGUGAAUAUCUGAUCAAUAUAGCCAAGCCAAACAUGAAGAGGUCUACCGUUAUUGAAACUGAAACUGGGAUAAUUAAAACUAGCAGCGAAAGGACAAGCUUUGGUACUCUUUUGGCUAGAGGUCUCGAUAAAACUGUGAGGAAUAUUGAGAAAAGAAUUGCUGAUUUUACUCAUGUACCUGUUGAGAACGGUGAAGCACUUCAAAUUGUCCAUUACGAAGUUGGAGAAGAGUAUGUGCCUCAUCAUGACUACUUUAUGGAUGAUUUGCAUACUGCAAAUGGGGGUGAUCGCAUGGCAACAAUGCUGAUUUCAGAUGUUGAAGAAGGGGGUGAGACAGUUUUCCCAGAUGCAAAGGUAAAUUUGAGGUCAGUGGGUGGGUGGAAUCAGCUUUCUGAUUGUGGAAGAAAAGGACUUUCAAUUAAGCCAAAGAUGGGAGAUGCUUUACUUUUCUGGAGCAUGAAGCCUGAUUUAACUUAUGAUCCAUCAAGUUUUCAUGGUAGUUGUCCAGUGAUUAAGGGUAAUAAGUGGUCAUGUACCAAAUGGAUGCGAAUCUAUGAAUUCCAAAUUUAAAUAAGCAUUAUUAUAUAAAAACUCUAAAAACGUUCACAAGUGAAAAAAAAAAGACUAAUGGAAACUUCAAACUAAACUUUCAUUACUUGAAAAUGAUUUAUACUUACUUUGAAAUAAAAAAUAAAAAUUCACUU